GCUGAGACCGUCCCAGCUGACAUCGUCCCCAUCAAUAUCACAGGAGAGAGUUUUGAUCGUCAGGCCAGUUUUAGAAGAACAGCUGGUAACACGGACUCGGGGUCUCUGCGACUUCGUAACCCGGGUCGACGUAAGACGGUCUCUGGGAUCCCUGAAGGUUCUGGACCAAACUCUGCCUCACCGGACUCUCGUCUGGUUUCUCCGGUUCUCCCGGGUCAGUUCUCCACUGUGGGUCGACCCGCCCCCCCCUCCCCUGCCCCCCCCUCCUGCACCACCGCACACCAGGAGACAUCCAGGGAGGAGAGAAGGAUCCGAGCCCCGAGAGGAGAGGGGAUGUCCAGCCUCAUGGCCUCGCUGACCGCCUCACCACUGGUCAGCUCUCAGUUCCACAGCCUCCCACGCCUGCCGACCACCUCCUCUCUGACCUCCCAGGCCAGCUGUAACAGCGCCUCCUACAGGACGCUCAGCGCCUCCUCAUCCUGCUGCCAGUCACAGGAUCUACAGGGUUUCCCCAGUGACCUCCAGCCCCUGCUGCCCUAUGACCACACGGCCUCACAGUCUCCUUCCUCCUCGUCUUUACCUUCCUCCCCCGUCUCCUCCUCCCUCAAACACCGCCUGCCCUCCUCCCACUAUCUGUCCUCCUCCACCCUGCACGAUUCUGAGUGCUCCUAUGAUGGUGGCUCCUAUCGGGCGCUCUCCCCCAGCUCCAGUAUCCAAAGUGGGCGUAGUCAGGGGGACUGGGGCAGCGCCACCCCGGAGAUGAGAUGUGUUUCUGGAGACGGUUGGAGCUGUGAUCCCGCGCUCUCGUCCGGUCGCUCUUCAUUGUAUCAGGCUGACAGCAGCUCUGUGUGUUCAAUAAGCUCCUCCCCUUCACUAACUCGCUACAAAAGGAAGUCUAGCUCCGCCUCCUCCUACUCACGCACGUCCACCUGCAGCAUCUCUCUGCGCAAGUCCAAGCGUCCCCCCGCUCCACCGCUACGAUCGGACUCUCUGAGGCGCCGCCCGGGUCGUAGCAAACCUCCGCGCUCCUCCUGCAGUCCCCGUCCUGAGGGGGGUCCCCGUCCUGAGAAGAACCCCACAGCAGCCGGGUCUCCUCCCAGCUUCAGUGACCCCUGGGUGCCUCGGAGCACCAGGAGGCGUCAGAGUGGGCUGACCUGUGGGAGCGUCACCUCCUUUGAACCUCUGAUCCAGGACUGCCAGACCGCACCUUCCACUGGGGGGUCCCACACCCAACCCUCAGAGGAGGAGGUGCAGCCCUCUGUGGGGGGGCUACAUCGUCUCACCUCUCCUUCCAGUGGAUACUCCAGCCAGUCCAACACCCCCACACCUGGUACCCCCGUGUCCUCCCCCAUUUCUCCAUCCUCCCCUCUCACAGCCAGCUCCAGAGUCUUCUUCCAACCCCCUCCCCCUCUCUCCUCCUCUCUCCCCCUGUGGUCUCCUCCCCUCUCCCCUGUGGUCUCCUCCCUGCCCAUGAUGAGGUCUCAGGGUGAAGGGCGACCAAAACCCCCCGUACCAGAGCGUAAGUCCUCUCUCUUCUCCUCCCCCUCCUCCUCUUUUUCCUCCACCUCCUCCCUCUCUUCAUGCACCUCCUCAGAAACCGCUGCCAAGCAUCAGCUACCUCCUCCUCCUCCUCCUCCUCCUCUCCCAGAAUGCUCCUCUCCUUCUUCUGUCUUCUUCUCCCCCUAUCGUGAGUCCUCUCCUCUUCCUCCUCCUCCUCCUCCUCCUCCUCCUCCUCCUCCUCUGGCUCCUCCCCUCCCUCGUCCCUUCCAGACUCCUCCCCUUCCUUUCUUCAAACCCUCUGCUGCUCCUUCUCUUCCUCCUCCCCCUCCCCCUCUCCCACCUAAAUCCCUCCCCACUCCUCCUCCUCUUCCUCGGGUAUGUUCUCGACCUCCUCCUCCUCCGUACUCCUACGCCAUCAGACAGAGUUCCCAUCAUGCCCUGCUGUCAUCCAUGACAUCAUCAUCUUCCCAGCCUCCUCUGACUGCACCUCCUAUCAGGUCUGACAUUCCAGAUGUUUCUCCCCCACCCCCCUCUCUGCCAUCCCCUGCGUCUCCCCUCUGCGGCGGCGGUGUCAGAGUGGCCACGCCCCCUGCGUCUCCCCUCUGCGGCGGCGGUGUCAGAGUGGCCACGCCCCCCUGCCCGCUGGUCACCGCCCAGGCCUUGCAGGGCAUAAAGCUGCGCUCCAUUAAGAGUCAGGAGGUCCUGCUGACCUGCACCAUGUUAGCUGAUGAUGCUACACUCAAGCAGACUGACACAGUGUCCGCUAACGCUAACCAUGCUAACCAUGCUAACAGCGUCCAUGUUCUACCAGACGGUGCUGAGCUCGAUGAAUCCUCUGAUGUCUGUGAUCCAGGAAGUAACAGAGCUAAACCUGAGCAGGAUUACUACAAUCUGACAAACAACCAGGAUCCGUAUCUUCAAGACCUUCAGGGCUACGCUGAUCAGAGACGCUCGGGGGCUAAGCUAACCAAUGAGGAAGAAGAGAGGGGGGUCUCCAGUCCUGAUGGUCCCUGGGUCAGAAUGUCUGAAGAAACCUUCACUAUCCAACAUGUGGUUCUGCAUCAACAACAGGAGUCUGAGUCUGCACAGAGAGCAGGAUCCUCUGUGGAGUCGUCCUACUGGACCCUCUGUGGAACCGGACCCAGAGGAACCAGAACCCUGAAAGAGAAGAAGAGUCCAGACGUGCAGAAAGUCAGCUCACCUGAGAAGCCCACCCUGCCCAAGAAGCCUGAUCUCUGCGUCCUGAGUCUGAUGGCGUCCCCUGAGGCCGGAAGGGGAACAGCCGGCCAAUCACAGCCUCCCACUGACUCAGUGAGCACAAAUCAAAGCACCCAUAGAUUCGAGAAAAUGACCUCACCGCCUCACUCAGUGAAGGCCUCUGAUUGGCCAGUAGACCCCACAUCAUCUGACUCACCUCAGAGACUCAAACCCAGAAUACACAAGAAGCCGGAUCUGUUAUUGAGUUCACCCAAAACCACCAAACCUCUUCUCUCCAGGAGCAGAGAGAUCUCUGAGGGGUCACAGAGACCAUCAGGGAUCAUGGAGACCACCUCAGGGUGUUGGGACUCCAUGCAGACCAGGAGCACCCUAGGGACCAUGGGCGUCUAUGGGGACUAUGGCAGGGUGUGGCCUAACACCAUGGAAGACAGCUGGGGGACCUCCGGAACCGGGGGAACCUUGGAGAACUCACAUGGAGCAGCAGAGCCCCGUCACGAGGCCUCCAUCAGGACCAGACUCCAUCAGGAUGAUGAAACACCAUCUCAGCAGAGGACGAUGAUGAUGAGGUCCUGGCUGGAUGAAGAUGAAGACCAAGCUGUGAGGGGGGACAUGAUGAUGAUGAUGAUGUCAUCCACCUCCAGGAAAAAAGACAAAACAAGAAAGAGGAGGAAGAGAGGAGUCGGCAAGCAGCUGCUGAUCAUGACAUCAUCGAUGGAGCCCUCCCACUCUUCUUCAUCAUCAUCAUCAUCAUCCUCCUUGUCCUCGUCAUCCUCGUCCUCAUCUGGAGACGAACGGGAAGUGACAUCAACGCCGGCGAGACAGACGACGGGGAAGACAAAAAAAUGUGACAAAGUCAGAAGUGACUCUGAAAGAACGAGCUGCCCUCUGAUUGGACUCAAAAAGUUCUCACUACAAAGUGCACCGUCCACUGACGGCCUGCAGGGGGAGCUUUACCUUCCAGAGCUUCUUAUAGAGGAACCAGAGGAAGAGCGAGAGAGAGAGAGGCCCGAGGAGAGAGCUGAGCUGAUGAAGGAUGGAGGAAGUCAGGAUGCUGAUCUGUUCGUCAGAGUGUCAGCUGAUCAGAUGUUAGCCUCCGCUCGACCUCGACCCACAGACGAUCUGUUUGCUGUCAUCCACAGGUCUAAAAGAAAGAUGUUUGGAAGAAAGGGAUCAGAAGAUGACAGAAAACGCGUCUCAUCUUCGUCCUCGUCUUCUUCCUCCUCCCCUCCGUCGUCCCCCACUGACCCCCUCCCCUGCGUGAUGCGACCUUCAGCCAUCAGAGGUCAAAGGUCAGCGAGGAGUGAGAGUUUUAAGGCCCUCCUGCUGAGGAAGGGGAGCCGCUCUGAGUCAUCGUCUCGACUGUCGGCCGCCGAGAGGCUCCGAGUGGCAGCUUCUUCAUCCACAGGUGACCUCAGGAGUGUGAUGUCACUGGCCCCGCCCCCUCGGCCUCCACAUGACGACCCAAACACCCACCUGACUCUGGACGUCCCUGUGUCUCCCAGCAGUCAGAACUUGUCUGUGAUGUUCAGAUGGAAUCACCUCCUCCUAAACUCCGCCUCCUCUCCAUUCUUCUUCCUCUCCUCCUCGUCUUUACGUCCUCGCUCCACCACUCCUCCCUGCUCCUCCAGCCGGCGCUUCUCUGCUCGCGGCCGCCUGUACGCCGCCCCCAUGACGGCCAUCUUUGAAGAGGGCAGUGAGGAGGAGGAGGGAGGGGACGAGGUCUUUCUGGAGUCUCCUUCAGGAGGUGACUUGGUGGAGACUUGGUGAUGAACUCGUCUGCCUCACUGAACGAUCUGAUUGGAUGAAGCACACCUGGCUGCUCUAUAACAGAAGAGGAAGUACAGCAGCCUGGAGGGGACAUGUGGUUUUCUUCCUGACGCUGAACGUUCUUACUUUGGUCUUUGCUUGAUAAGAGUUUUAUAAAUAAUGCACGAGGAACACGUUUCUAUUCUUUUCUUACUUCAGAAUGUUUAAAUGUAAUAAUUUAAUCCUGGUGUUUAAAGUUCUCCUGAAGUGUGUCCUCUCUGGGCUUCCAUACUCACUAAGAGGAACCAAACCAUCAGUCUGACAUUAAAACAGAAUCACUUAGAACUUGUACAGUCAGAAAGAGAUUUAAAAUAACUGAACAGACGGGCGGACAGGUACAUGAUGUGAAACAUGAUAUAAAUAUGAAUCAGCUGAUGUGGUUUCUUGUUAUUAAACUGUUUGGAUAUAUUCCAGUUUGAGGAUCAGCUGUUCUCUGAUGUAAACGUUCCUGUUCUGUAAAUAAUCUUCAUCAUCUCUGCAGACUCUUCUUCUCUUUUUCAUGACGUUUAUACUCCUUCAUUAAGUAGCAGACAUAUUUAGAGUCUCUGUAGAUGAAAAGUAGAGCGAUGGAGCUGAGAUGUAAACAUAUGGACGUCAUGAAGCAGGAAACAGAUGAUGUAAAUAAUCCAGUGUUUGUUUAUGAGCAGAGAAACAAUAAAAAGAGAAACUGAAGAAAG